GAAAAAAAAUAAAGAUAGGCAAUAAUAGCAUAUCCAUCUUCCUCUGAAUUUCUCCGAAAUGAUGCAAAGACUCACCUUAUGGAUAUCUUGAAGGAUCUAUGUCAGCUAUAUAUACAGGCUAUUUGCAUGUAAGUUGAGAUGUUCCUUUGAGUAAGCACUUCAAUAAGGUACACUGGAUUUCAUUGCUGUUCAAUUUGCUGCAUUUCACACAAAGAUAUAUAGUGGGUGAUGAUGAUGGAUCACAACAUCCUAAUUCCACUGGUGUCAUCCCUCAUGAUGUUGGUACUGGGACCAUUGAUCAUAGAUGUGAUUUCGUUGCUUGGAGGAGGGGUGUCAUGCUUUGAUGCAAUGACUGUCACAACGAGGUUAGGCCUCAGGUGGCAAAGGAGUGGGGAGGCCGCCAUGGAGUGCCAAGGGUGUGACAUCCCUAUGGAUGCUACCGUGGAUGAGCUGUUGGAUAGGAAGAUGGCGAGCGAGGGUGAGCUUAAGGAUGCCUUUUAUGUGUUCGAUCGCAAUGAGGAUGGCUUCAUAUGUGCCUCGGAACUGUGGAGCGUGAUGAGGAGGCUAGGGUUCAAAGAAGGGCAAAGGUAUGAGGACUGUAUGAGGAUGAUCCACACCUUCGAUGAGGACAGAGAUGGGAGGAUCAGCUACUUAGAAUUUAGAAGGAUGAUGGAAGAUGCAGUAUAGUUAUUAGCUAAUCUUCCUCAUUGAACCUUAAUUGUCUUUCCAUAUUGUGGUAACAUUAGUUAACUUUGGAAUGUGAUGUUACAUUAGACAUUCUUGUAAUAACAUGUUGGUUUGUUUAAGACUUGGGAGUUAAAUAUGAUAACUGAGCGAUGUCAAAGAUAUUAA